AUGUUACAUCAUGACCAUAAGAAAAGUACCAAAGGGUCAAAACCCAAAAACAAAUCCAGUGCAAAAGAACUCAAACGAUCAGAUACUCAAGAUUCUUGCAAUGACGAUAUGCGCGAUGAAAGUUGUAUAGAUCUCUAUGAGAUGGAACAUAAAAUAUUAAAAGAUGUUUGGCAAGGAAAUUUUUGUUGCGAUAUCAGAGAAGAAUUACAGACUGAAGAAAAACAUAUUUUAGAUGUUGCGUGUGGGCCUGGACACUGGAUCCGAGAUAUGUCAAAUGAGUUUCCAAAAUCACAUAUUAUAGGAAUCCAAGCAUCACCAUGUCAUAAAGUUAAGCUUACACCUAAUAUUGCUAUUUUACGAAUGGAUAUAGUUAGUGGAUUAUCAUAUGGGAAUGACUCUUUUGAUUAUGUUCAUAUGAGUUGUUUGAGUUCAAGUUUUAGUGAAAAAGAUUGGAAAAUAGCGAUUGAUGAAAUGGUCAGAGUAACAAAACCGCAAGGAAUAGUUGAAAUUGUGGUUGGUAGUUGCGAUUGUGAAGAUUCUGGACCGAUAAUGAAGAAAUUAUGUGAUAGUCGUAUGUUUCUUUUUAAUAAAUAUUAA